GCGCCCAAGUUCCCUGGCAACUUUAGCCCGCGCCGAGCGGAGAGCGCCCCCGGGAACGCCGGCCACGCGUCACACCUGAGCCGGGGCUGCCAGACCGAGCCAGCAGGCCCGGGCAGCCCUGCGGCCCCCCUGCCGUGGCCACCCCGAGCCCUGACAGUGCCAGUCAAGGCAGCCUUUCCGCGGGGCUCCAUCUGCCAGCGCCUCUGAGCUGAGGGAGCCAUGCCGCGCAGCCCGACGUCCAGCGAGGACGAGAUGGCCCCGAGCGUCUCGGACGACUCUGAGGGCUCCGAGUCCGACAGCUCCAGAGAGGAGACCAUCUACGACACCAUCCGGGCCACCGCGCAGAAGCCGGGCGGGCCGCGCACGGACGAGAACCAGGGCAACACGCUGGUCAUCCGCGUGGUCAUCCCGGACCUGCAGCAGACGAAAUGCAUCCGCUUCGACCCGGACGCCACGGUGUGGAUCGCCAAGCAGCGGAUCCUGUGCACCUUGACACAGAGCCUGAAGGACGUCCUCAACUACGGGCUCUUCCAGCCGGCCAGCAACGGGCGCGACGGCAAGUUCCUGGACGAGGAGCGGCUGCUGCGGGAGUACCCGCAGCCCGUGGGCGCGGGCGUGCCCUCCCUGGAGUUUCGCUACAAGAAGCGGGUGUACAAGCCGUCCGGCCUGGACGAGAAGCAGCUGGUCAAGCUCCACUCCAAGACCAAUCUGAAAAAAUUCAUGGAUCACAUUCAGCAUCGGUCAGUGGAGAAGAUGGUCAAGAUGCUGGACCGAGGCCUGGAUCCCAACUUUCACGACCUGGACACUGGAGAGACCCCGCUGACCCUGGCUGCUCAGCUGGACGACCCCGCAGAGGCCAUCAAAGCUCUCAGGAACGGCGGGGCUCACCUGGACUUCCGCGCCAAGGACGGGAUGACCGCCUUGCACAAAGCCGCCCGUGCCAGGAACCCCGGGGCCCUGAAGACCCUGUUAGAGCUCGGGGCUUCACCGGACUACAAGGACAGCUAUGGCCUCACGCCCCUGUACCACACGGCCAUCGUGGGCGGCGACCCCUACUGCUGUGAGCUCCUGCUGCACGAGCAUGCCGCCGUGUGCUGCCGGGACGAGAACGGCUGGCACGAGGUCCACCAGGCCUGCAGGUACGGGCACGUGCAGCACCUGGAGCACCUGCUCUUCUACGGGGCUGACAUGAGCGCCCAGAACGCCUCGGGGAACACAGCCCUGCACAUCUGUGCCCUCUACAACCAGGACAGCUGUGCCCGGGUGCUGCUGUUCCGAGGGGGCAACAAAGAACUGCAGAACCACAACAGCCAGACUCCGUUUCAGGUGGCGAUCAUCGCAGGGAACUUCGAGCUGGCCGAGUACAUCAAGAACCACAAGGAGACGGAUGUCGUGCCCUUCCGAGAGGCCCCGGCCUACUCCAACCGCAGGCGGCGGCCCCCCAACACGCUGGCUGCCCCCCGGGUCCUGCUGCGCUCCAACAGUGACAACAACCUCAAUGCCAGCGCGCCUGCCUGGGCCGUGGGUCCCACAGCCCCCGCCCACCGCAGCCUUUCACCCCAGCUGCUCCAGCAGAUGCCCGGCAAGGCCGAGAGUGCUGUGAAGACCCUCGCGAGCUACAUCCCCGGGCCCCGGAGCCCGUCCCCAUCGCUCAACAGGCUGGGCGGUGCCGGCGAGGACAGCACGCGGCCCCAGCCGCACUGGCAUGUCGGGUCACCUUUUGCCCCUGGUGCCAGCAAGGACCCACUGUCUGCCUCCGACUACCCGGGGCCCAGGAGGAAGCUGUACAGUGCGGUGCCUGGGAGGUUGUUCGUCGUCGUCAAGCCAUACCAACCCCAAGUCGACGGCGAGAUCCCCCUCCACCGUGGCGACAGGGUUAAAGUCCUGAGCAUCGGCGAAGGCGGCUUCUGGGAAGGCAGUGCCCGCGGCCAUGUCGGGUGGUUCCCUGCCGCGUGCGUGGAGGAGGUGCACUGCAAGCUCAGGGACAGCCAGGCAGAAACCCGUGCGGACCGCAGCAAGAAGCUGUUCAGGCACUACACGGUGGGCUCCUACGACAGCUUCGACGCCGUCAGCGACUGUGUCAUCGACGAGAAGACGGUGGUCCUGCAGAAGAAAGACAGCGAGGGCUUUGGCUUCGUGCUCCGGGGGGCGAAAGCUGACACGCCCAUUGAAGAAUUCACACCCACGCCCGCCUUCCCGGCCCUGCAGUACCUGGAGUCCGUGGACGAGGGCGGGGUGGCAUGGCAAGCCGGGCUGAGGACUGGGGACUUCCUGAUUGAGGUCAACAGUGAGAAUGUCGUCAAGGUCGGCCACAGACAGGUAGUGAACAUGAUCCGCCAAGGAGGGAACCACCUGGUCCUCAAGGUGGUCACAGUGACCAGGAGCCUGGACCCCGACGACACUGCCAGGAAGAAAGCUCCCCCGCCUCCAAAGCGAGCACCGACCACGGCCCUCACCCUGCGCUCCAAGUCCAUGACCUCGGAGCUGGAGGAGCUCGAUAAGCCCGACGAGAGCGUGCCGGCCGCCAAGCCCUCCCGAACUGCCGAGAGCGUGGCCGUGGAGUCCAGGGUGGCGACCAUCAAGCAGCGGCCCACCAGCCGGUGCUUCCCUGCCCUCUCGGACAUGAACUCCGUGUACGAGCGCCAAGGCAUUGCUGUGAUGACGCCCACUGUUCCUGGGAGCCCGAAAGGCCCGUUCCUGGGUCUCCCUCGAGGUACGAUGCGAAGGCAGAAAUCCAUAGGGAUAACGGAGGAGGAGCGGCAGUUCCUGGCCCCCCCGAUGCUCAAGUUCACGAGGAGCCUGUCCAUGCCCGACACCUCUGAGGACAUCCCCCCACCACCCCAGGCCGUGCCCCCAUCUCCACCGCCACCCUCCCCCACCACCUACAACUGCCCCAAGUCCCCAAGCCCCAGGGUCUAUGGGACAGUCAAGCCCGCGUUCAGUCAGAACCCUGCCGCCAAGGUAUCCCCGGCCACGAGGUCAGACACGGUGGCCACCGUGAUGCGGGACAAGGGGCUGUUCUACCGCCGAGAGCUGGACCGCUACUCCCUGGACUCGGAGGACAUGUAUGGCCGCAACACCAGCCCCCAGGCCAACUUCCGCAACAAGCGGGGUCAGAUGCCCGAGAACCCGUACUCGGAGGUGGGGAAGAUCGCCAGCAAAGCCGUCUAUGUGCCCGCCAAGCCUGCCAGGAGGAAGGGGAUGCUGGUGAAGCAGUCCAACGUGGAGGACAGCCCCGAGAAGACAUGUUCCAUCCCUAUCCCCACCAUCAUCGUCAAGGAGCCUUCCACCAGCAGCAGCGGCAAGAGCAGCCAGGGCAGCAGCAUGGAGAUCGAGCCCCAGGCCGCGGAGCCGCCGGGCCAGCUGCGGCCGGACGACGGCCUGACCGUCAGCAGCCCCUUCGCUGCCGCCAUUGCCGGGGCCGUCCGAGACCGGGAGAAGCGGCUGGAGGCCAGGAGGAACUCUCCGGCCUUCCUCUCCACGGACCUGGGGGAUGAGGACGUGGGCCUGGGGCUCCCUGCCCCCAGGAUUCGGCCCCCCGAGUUCCCCGAGGAGGGCGACUUUGGCGAUGAGGAUGGCGCUGAGGAGCUGGUGUCGCCCACGCCAGGGGCAGCACCCAGGGAGCCCGAGAAUCACUUUGUGGCUGGUGGCGAAGCCAGCACUCAGGGUGAGGCCGGGAGGCCCCUCAAUGCCACAUCCAAAGCCAAGGGGCCCGAGGGCAGCCCCACAGCUGGCCCUGAGAAUUACGUCCACCCGCUCACGGGCCGGCUGCUGGACCCCAGCUCCCCGCUCGCCCUGGCGCUCUCAGCAAGGGACCGAGCCAUUAAGGAGUCCCAGCAGGGCCCCAAGGGGGAGGCCGCCAAGGCCGACCUCAACAAACCUCUCUACAUCGAUACCAAAAUGCGGCCCAGUGCGGAAGCCGGCUUCCCCCCGGUCACCAGGCAGAACACCCGGGGGCCCCUGCGGCGGCAGGAGACAGAGAACAAGUAUGAGAGCGACGCGGGCAAGGACCGGCGAGGCGACGACAUGAAGAACAUGCUCAUCGACAUCGUGGACACGGCGCAGCGCAAGCCGGCCGGCCUGCUGAUGGUGCACACCGUGGACACCACAGAGGCCGACGGCUCCCUGGAAGAAGAGGAUGAGCACGCGGGCCUGGAGCUGAAGCCAGACAGCUCACUGGCCGAGGUGCCAGAAGGCACUGCCGAACCCGAAGGUGCUUUACAGAUCUCCGCCGCCCCCGAGCCCACCGCCACGCCCGGCAGGACCAUCGUGCCGGCGGGCUCCAUGGAGGAGGCGGUGAUUUUGCCAUUCCGCAUCCCCCCUCCCCCUCUGGCGUCUGUGGACUUGGACGAGGAGUUUAUUUUUACAGAGCCAUUGCCUCCUCCCCUGGAAUUUGCCAACAGUUUUGAUAUCCCCGACGACCGCGUCGCUUCCGUGCCCGCUCUCACAGACUUGGCCAAGCCGAAGAGAAACGACACCCCUCCGUCCCCUUCGCUGACCUCCGCCCAGCCGACCAACCCCACCGACACUAAGAAGCCGGCUGGCCUUUCAAACUGCCUGCCCGCCCCGUUCCUGCCGCCCCCCGAGAGCCUCGAUGCCGUCGCCGACUCGGGCAUCGAGGAGGUAGACAGCCGGAGCGGCAGCGACCACCACCUCGAGACGACCAGCACCAUGUCCACGGUGUCCAGCAUCUCCACCCUGUCCUCUGAGGGCGGGGAGAGCGCGGAUACCUGCACAGUCUAUGCAGACGGGCAAGCCUUUGUGGUUGACAAACCCCCAGUACCUCCGAAGCCAAAAAUGAAGCCCAUAAUUCCCAAGAGCAAUGCACUUUACCAAGACGCGCUCGUCGAGGAGGACGUGGACAGCUUUGUGAUCCCCCCACCCGCGCCCCCGCCCCCGCCAGGAGGAGUCCCGCCUGGGAUAGCCAAGGUCCUCCAGCCGAGGACCUCCAAGUUGUGGGGCGACGUCACGGAGGUCAAGGGCCCGAUCCUCUCGGGCCCCAAGGCAAACGUUAUUAGUGAAUUGAACUCAAUCCUGCAGCAAAUGAACCGAGAGAAAUCGGUGAAGCCAGGGGAAGGCCUGGACUUGCCGGCCGGAGCCAAGUCCGCCAGCCUCGCUCCCAGAAGCCCAGAGGUCAUGAGCACCGUCUCAGGUACACGGAGCACGACGGUCACCUUCACUGUCCGCCCCGGCACCUCCCAGCCCAUCACCCUGCAGAGCCGGCCCCCUGACUAUGAAAGCAGGACCUCAGGAACGAGACGUGCCCCCAGCCCUGUGGUCUCGCCGACGGAGCUGAACAAGGAGAUCCUGCCCACCCCCCCAUCUGCUGCCGCCGCAUCUCCUUCCCCCACGCUCUCCGACGUCUUUGGCCUUCCAAGCCAGCCGCCUUCCGGGGACCUGUUUGGCUUGAACCCAGCGGGACGCAGCAGGUCGCCAUCUCCCUCGAUACUGCAACAGCCAAUCUCAAAUAAGCCUUUUACAACUAAGCCUGUCCACCUGUGGACUAAACCAGACGUGGCGGACUGGCUGGAGAGCCUCAACCUGGGCGAGCACAAGGAGACCUUCAUGGACAACGAGAUUGACGGCAGCCACCUGCCCAACCUGCAGAAGGAGGACCUGAUCGACCUGGGCGUGACGCGCGUGGGCCACAGGAUGAACAUCGAGAGGGCUCUGAAGCAGCUGCUGGACAGAUAAGGGUGGCCGCGCCUCGCCUCCACGGACCACUUCCUGUUAUAAGUAGAGAUGGGCUUACCCCGAGAGCGCGGCCGGCCAAGCGCCAACCCCGUCCCGUGGGUCUUCUCCUGGAACCCAA